AUGAAUACUCGCCCCGCUAUCGAGAGCUCAAACAACCCGGUAGCCUUGUCAGCCUCUUUGAACCAAGACGCCAGCUGCUUCGUCGUUGGUCUCGAUACUGGCUUUUGCAUCUUUAAUUCAGAGCUAUGUAAUCUCGUCCACUCUCGAGAUUUCAAUGGCGGAAUCGGUGCAGCUGCGAUGCUUAGGAAGACGAAUUUUAUUGCACUCAUAGGAGGCGGGAAACAACCCAAAUUUCCUCCAAACAAGGUUAUCGUAUGGGAUAAUGCUAAGGAGAAGGUCGCAAUACAAUUACCGUUCCUUGGAACCGUUCGAGGCGUCAAACUUUCAGAAACUCAUAUCGUUGUUGCCCUUCAGAACAGCAUCCACGUCUACAGGUUCCAAUACUCGCCUAAACUCUGGGCUGUCUUCGAAACGGCAGACAACCCUCUGGGUCUAUGUUGUUUGACUCCAAAGAUCUUGAUAUUCCCAGGUCGAACUCCCGGACAAGUGCAGUUGGUUGAGUUGUCAACUGGGAAUGUCAGCAUUAUACCCGCUCAUGGGUCUUCUUUGAGAGCAAUAGACAUCAGUCGUGACGGUGAGGUUUUGGCCACAGCGAGCGAAACGGGUACGUUAGUUCGCGUGUUUGCGACGAGUAAUUGUGCCCGGAUUGCUGAACUUCGGCGUGGGGUUGAUCAUGCUACUGUAUAUUCUCUGUCUAUCGCUCCCUUGGGGCAACUACUUGCAGUCACAUCAGACAAAUCCACUCUCCAUAUAUUCGAUAUUCCACAUCCAUCCAAACCACCGAGAGCGGAUGCCACCAAUGCCACUCGACGAUUGACGUCCCAGGGUGGGGGAAGCGCCGCUCUCAGUGAUGCAGAAACGAGUCAGAAAUGGGGAAUCCUAGGUCGUAUCCCGUUGCUACCCAGAGUAUUUUCAGAUGUUUACUCCUUUGCUUCUGCUCAUUUCGAGAUUGGCGACGAACCAGAUUUCGGAGGCUCCACGCCACUCAACUCACCAGCUGAUUCAGGCUUCAGACCGCCCAAAGGUGUCAUAGGAUGGACUAGUGAUCACAGCCUCAUUGUUCUGGGGGCCGGGCGAGAUGGCAGGUGGGAAAAGUUCAUCAUUGCUGAGGGUGAGGAUGGAAAAAGAUAUUGUGUACGGGAUGGUUGGAAGAGAUAUCUCGGCAUUAGUUAA